AUGAGGACAAUGCUUGCCACUAAUAAGGAAAAGGGUGUUAACAGUUGGGCCAUCGAUCAGCUUAAAAGAGAAAUGGAGAAGAAGGGAUCCCUUGAUCUAAAUAUUUUUUCAAAAAUUCAUGAUAUCUUAGCUCAUCAUGUUGAUAAUGCCGGGUCACAAUCUGAAGAACCAAACAGCCAGCCAGAGACAUUGCCGUUGGAAAACGUCAACAGUGAUCACCUGGAGUUGCAACAUGUUGCUUUACUAAUUUCAGAAAUAAGCGGGAUAUCUAAAUCUGACAUCAAAAAAAUAACAUCUGAGCUAAUUGAAGAACUUGAAAACACUACAGUUUCUGUUUCUGCAAAACUGACCAAUGGUGAUGGCCAAACAAGUGAUGAAGCAAAAGAAUCACGUGACAAUGUUAAGAAGUCUGACACUGUAGCUAUGCCUGAAGAUUUCCGUUACCCAAUAUCUCUUGACCUGAUGAGAGAUCCUGUCAUUGUGUCAACAGGACAGGUAAAUUUUUACAUUGCACUUAGAGUGUUACUGUUUAUGCUUUAA